CAGCGCUGAAGGACGCCAUUCCCGACGGGGCGAGACGGGCAGAGGCCGUUCGCUCCAUUCGACCUGCCCCUGUUCCUGGGGCUCGAGGGGACGUGGCAAGAGGCAGAAAUGGCCCCGUCCGGGCUGAAGGCGGUGGUGCGCAAGAAGAUCCUCAGCGUUGUCCUUCACAGCGUGAAGAAGGAAAGAGAAUGGAAGGUGCUGAUCAUGGACCACCCCAGCACGCGCAUCCUCUCAUCAUGCUGCACGAUGUCCGACAUCGUAGACGAAGGCAUCACACUUGUGGAAGAUAUUAACAAGUGCCGGGAGCCAAUCCCCAGCCUGGAGGCCGUCUACCUGCUCAGCCCAGUGGAGGAGUCGGUGCAGGCUUUGAUCAAUGACUUCCAGGGCACCCCCACCUUCAACUACAAGGCAGCUCACGUCUUCUUCCUCAGCCCCUGUCCUGAGCCUCUGUUCAAGGAGCUGAGGAAGUCACGGAUCACCAAGGUCAUCAAAACCCUCAAGGAGAUCAACAUGGCCUUCCUGCCCUAUGAGAGCCAGGUGUACUCCCUGGACAAGCCAAAGACCUUCCACAACUGGUUCAGCCCCUACCGCUUUUUCGAAAAGAACAAGCAGCUGGAGAUGCUGGCAGAGCAGAUUGCCACAUUGUGUGAAACCCUGGAGGAGUAUCCAGCCAUCCGCUACAGGAAGGACCAUGAAGAUAACUUCCACUUGGCGCACGCUGUGCUGGCCAAACUCAAGGCGUUCAAGGCAUACGAGCCCAGCAUGGGAGAGGGCCCCGACAAAGCCCGUUCUCAGCUGCUGAUCGUGGACCGGAGCUUCGACCUGGUGUCCCCACUGCUGCACGAGCUCACCUACCAGGCCAUGGCCUACGACCUGCUCAGCAUCGAGAAAGACACCUACAAGUACGAGACGAUGGGCAUCAGCGACUCGCAGGAGAAAGAGGCGCUGCUGGACGAAGACGACGAACUCUGGGUGCAGCUACGCCACAUGCACAUCGCUGACGUCUCCAAGAAGGUGACGGAGCUGCUGCGCACCUUCUAUGAGAGCAAGAGGCUGACCACGGACAAGGGGGCUCCAAGCGCUGGGAGCAGCCGGGAUAUCACCACCGCCUCCCUCCAGGCCAACAUCGAGGACCUGUCCCAGAUCCUGAAGAAGAUGCCCCAGUAUCAGAAGGAGCUGAACAGGUACUCCACGCAUCUGAACCUGGCCGAGCACUGCAUGCAGCACUUCAAAGGAAGAGUGGAGAAGCUGUGCAGCUUGGAGCAGGACCUGGCUAUGGGGACGGACGUGGACGGGAAGAAGAUCAAGGACCCCAUGAAGAUCAUCUUGCCUGUCCUGCUGGACCCCAGCGUGCAGGCCUACGACAAGAUCCGCAUCAUCCUGAUCUACAUCUUCCUGAAGAAUGGCUGUUCAGAUACCAUGUUGUGUCUCUGA